AUGGGGCAAGCGUGCGCUCCCUGUGAAAGCUGCAGCGGGGACUUAUGGGAUGCCAUCUCGGGAAUGUACAGAAGCAUGCGAGAACAUCGAGGAGUGCGGGCGCGAGGCCGGGAACCUCGGUACAGGCUGCCCAGAACGUCCCGCUGGAGGAAGCUGCGCGCCAUGGUGCGGUCCAUGCGUGCGCUCGAGUCGGUGCUUGAGGAUGUGCGCUGCAAGCAGACAGAGGAGCUCUACGAAACGGACUGGAGUGAAGCUCCAACACCUGAGCCGUCCCCGUCCAUUCAGUGGCGCAUGGUGCAGAGAGUGUCGCGAUCGCUCUCUGUGCUGGACGGCCUCUUGAAUGAGGUUCGUUGCAAGCAAACGGAGCAACUCUAUGAUUCCGAUUGGAAUACGACAGCGUGCAGCGAGGAUGAGGAUUCCUCAGCGGUUUCAUGCGAGUCGCUAUGA